GCCACUGCUCCGACGGUGGAGAUGUUUUUUUUGGGGGGACAAUGAGAAAAAGUGAUUUUUGGCGCAACUGUUUGUUUUGCAAUUCCAAUAAAUACCGGCAGGUGGCGCCAGUGCUCGCUACACGACCGUUCCUGGCCUUUUUAGUUUGGGUUUAAUCAUUUUGGGGCACAUAGAGAUGUAGAGUGAACGAAAUAAUUGCUUUAAACUAAUUAUACAUCCCACUACGCCUUAUUUACAGCAACCAAAUGUGGAAAACAUAACAGUAUUUGCAAAUCUACAUUUUCAUGUAGAACUUUUUCGCCUUUUUUCUCGGUCCCGGCAUCUCACGUGACAUAGCGGUCUCUCCGCUCGCUCCUGCGGACGGGGCCGCGCGCUGUUCCCUCAUCCCCGUCUCGGUGGGCAGUUCUCCGUCUCGGCUUUCACUCUUCAUUAUAAAGGAGGGGUUUCCAGGGUAGAGGCGCGCCACCCGGACAGACUGCUCUCACAGAGUGUGUCAUUGGGCGAAAGGACGAGCUGAUCAAAUAAACGGGCAUCAUGGCUGUGGCGGGCUGCACCAAAUGCAUUAAAUAUAUGUUAUUCUUCUUUAAUUUUAUUUUCUGGCUGGCUGGAGGUGUGAUCUUGGGAGUGGCCCUGUGGCUCCGUCAUGACAGUCAGACCAGCGAGCUCCUCAUGCUGCAGCUGGAAGGCCAGCAGGCACCGGGCACCUUUUAUAUCAGUGUGUACAUCCUCAUAGCUGUUGGGGCUGUGAUGAUGCUGGUGGGUUUCCUCGGAUGUUACGGCGCCAUUCAGGAAUCCCAGUGUCUGCUGGGCACAUUCUUCUUCUUUCUGGUGAUCCUCUUCGCCUGUGAGGUGGCUGCUGCAAUCUGGGGCUUUAUGAACAGGGACACGAUCUCCAAGGAACUCAUUAACUUCUACGACUCUGCAUACAUCAAGGCCGUGGAUGUCUCCGGUUCUCCCAGCAAAGAUGCCGGCGUCAACGUGUUGAAGGUUUUCCACAAAACGCUCGACUGCUGUGGGAAAGAAAAUAACGCGGUUAUCUUUACACAAGUCGCGGGGACCCUGUGUCCAGGGAAGACGACAACAGACUUUUUACCAUCUGAGAACUGCCAUCGGAAACUGAGCGACCUGUUCUCGGAGAAGCUCCACCUGAUUGGCCUGGCCGCCCUGGCUGUCGCCGUCAUCAUGAUCUUUGAGAUGAUCUUCACCAUGGUGCUGUGUUGUGGGAUCCGUAACAGCCCGGGCGUGUACUAGGAGUCUCACCAGCAAGCAGCAUCAGCCCAUGUCUGCCUGAAGUGGGAUUAUUUUUAUCAUUUCUUUUCAUUUUCAGUAUAAAAAAAGAAGAUGUAUCUAUUUCCUAUAGAUUAGAAACUACUAUGAAUCGUUAAUAUUGUUAAUUUUCUCACCACUCAUAAAAUUAUUCAUUUCCGUCUGUCAUGGGUUUUUAUUUAUCACAAAACUCCUGAAUCUUUUAUAUAUAAAGUAUGUUGUGAAAUAUUGCUCUUGACAUCAUUGAGCUCAAUACUGUUUUAUGGAUGUAUAAAUUGUACAUACACUUGUCAUAUGUUAAUAAGCUUAAGGAGAGUCCACUCAUUCCCUGACUGGCUGUUUGUGAUGCAUUUCAGUAUUAUAAUGAUAUUUAAGCAGCAGGGUUUCAAUGUUCUAAGGUGAUGUUCCAGUUCAACAUCCCAUCCUUAAUAUGACAAAGAGAUGUUUGUCAAUGUUUGUACUUAUUCUGUCAUAAUGCUAAUAAAUUAUGCCAAUUGUCUUGCUUUGUA